GGGGAUCUCGUUUUCGUUGCUCUUGAAUCCUCGAGCUAGGGUUUCAGAUCUUCGAGGCUCAAUGGCGAAGAAGGGGAGAAAGAAGGCUGCUCCCAAGCUCUCCUCGAGACCAGAAGACGCUGGUACUGACGCUGAUAAGAGAUUCAAGGAGCAGCAGCAAGCAUUCAGUGAUCAAGAAGUUGAACGGCGAAUUGCUGCAAUUCAAGCUAUUCAAGCAGCGGAGGUGGAAAGUUUACUUUCCCGGUUGCGCUUGCUGCGGUCAUACUUAAGCAAGGAACAGCUGGACACUUGUGCCUUAACAUUUUUUCAGAAAAACUUGCCCAAUCUAUCUGUAGUAAAGAAUGAAAAAUACAAAGUAUAUGAAUUGGAAUACAAUAACAAAAACAAUGAUUUACUUGGUAACCAUGGCCAUGCCCUAAAUAUUCAUGUUUCAACUGAUAAUACCUGCCAGCCAAGCAGUGAUUUUUAUCUUUCGGCGAAAUCUGUGAAGAACAAUUUUCUGGAUGCUGCAAACUACUGCAUUCCUGAUUUUGUUUUUGAUGAACAAACCGAGAAUCUGAUUGCAGGGAUGAGAGAUGCUUUUCAAACUCCUGGGAACACCAGCAAUAGAUUAUCAUUCGGCAUGACACCAAAAACCCAAAGGGUACCAAAGCAUGGUGAGAUGCUUUUAUCGGUCCAUGGAUCGCCCCUUGGUGUAUACAGAGAAGACAACUUAGAGGCAAUUCAUGAAUCCGGAGAUUGUCCUCCCGGGGAUGGUGUCUGCUGACAAAGUCCAUUAUUCCAUUAGAGGAAGAUAAACAAGGAGAGACGGCGAACCUCAGUUAUGUUGCAGCGGAGAGCAGGCACACCAUGAUGUAUUUUCAUCAUUCUAGAGUGGAUAUGUAAUGCUACAUAGGUUGGAUCAAUCAACUGAUCACAAUUCAAAAAUUAGAAGCAGCUUAAAACAGGUAUGGCAUCAAAGCACCUGUAAUAUGCUAGUUUUUUUUCCUUCUUUGGUUGGGUGAGGGAACUCUAGCUUAUGAUAGACAUGGGAAAAAUGCAUUAAAUCUGAAUUAAGGAUGCCAACUGUGUUGGUUGCUGUAAUGACCUGCAAUUAGCAUGGCAAACAACCAGAGGGUUAACAUCCCAAGCCAAGCAGUUG